GGGAAUGGGUUAUUUAAUGACCAUGGAACCUGUAAUCCAGGCCACAGAUUCAUUACUGCACUAACUUCUUGUAGUCUAGAAUGCGUAUCUAAUAGCAACCAAUGCCUUUUGCCAUCUUCUCACAUGGAAUCCCUUUGGGGAAUUGAGAAUUUCUAUCCCACAGAACCAGCAACAUUUGUGUGUGGAAAUCCUGGGGAAAGUUCCACGCAAAAUACCUCAUUUUAAACACAUUUUUCUCCUCCCUCCCCCCACCCCCUAUCCCCAAAACUUAGGAGCCGGGAUCUGUAUUGUUCCUCUUUUUAAAAUGGCAUUUCGUUAUGUCAGAAGUAAUAAGAUAAAAGAUGUUCUUAAGAAGGCCUACCAGAACAGUGUUUUCUACUGCAGUUUGGAACAAGAUUGAGAAACCACAAGGAGGUACACCGCAGGUGCAAACUUAAAUGAAAGUUGGGAUGAAAAUCAAUAGAUUCAUGUAUGUGCAGGGUACGGGAGCUCUGGUCUGCUGUCGCUUCUCAGAAGAAAACUAGAAUAUGUCCCUGUCCACAAACCCUGCUGUAGUGGACUGCAUUCAAGCAGAUGGAUUACUCAUGCUAGUUACCUUAAUCCAACUUGAUCUUCUGCACAAAACAGGAAAACUUAUCAACACUUGGAUUUAAUUAUUUUUACUCCCCCACCCCUUACAAACACCACCCAUUUGAUAUUUAUUACUUUGAAAGAUGAUUUGUUCAAAGAAAACAUAUUUUGGAAUAAAGAGGUGUCUAAGUCUGUUGGCACUGGUAACUUUCUGCACUGAACAAACAAAAGCAGAUGGACUUGUACGGCUGAAUGGAGGGAUUAUAGUCGGCAAAGGACAAUAUUCAUUUGUGACAGAUAAUGAUCUGCAGUUCAACAUACCUAAGGCUAAAGAUUCCUGCAAGGUGGAAGUUGUAUUGAAUGAGCCAGUAACUCAACGUGUUGGCAAGUUAACUCCUCAGGUGUUUGACUGUAAUAUUCUCCCCUACGAAGUGAAGUACACCCAUAAUGGCUGCCCUCUACUCGAAGAAGAUAAUGUGAUGCUAAGAGUUUAUAGAUUCACUGAAUCCCAGACUUUCAUGGAAACAUUUCUCUUGAAUGUGCAAAUUACAGAACCUAAAUCCAGUUUUAUCAGAUUUGGAUUAGUUGGGCUUCAGGUGCAACAAUUUUAUGGGAUAUCAAAUCCCAUUGACAAAAGUGUUGUGUCUUUCAAUUACAAUGUAAGCAGUGUGAAUGCAAUCUGUACAGUAACAAUCUUAUCAACUGAGGCACUCCUUCCAGCCCAAGGACAGUUGGUUGUUGAUAACCCCAGGCCUCCUGGAUCUGCACAUCAACAGAAUUCAACAAAAGCAAGUCAAUCUGAAGCUUCAUGCCCUAACAACAAGGUGUGUCCCACUGGGUUUAAGCAAGUGCGAUUCUUAAAGACUAACUGUGAAGAUUUCUUAGCAAUGGGACUGAAGUAUCAACAUCUCAGCCCACCCUCUCCCGAGGUUGACUAUGUUCCAAUCAGAGUCGAGAUCAGGGAUGAAUGGAGCAGAUUCCCACUUAAGGUAGAACAUGCUUGGCUUCAAGUUACCUUAGAAGGUGCAAUACAAAAUCAGCAACCAAAAGCAGCCUUCAUGCCAAUGUACAUCCUGGAGGUUGAUCAAUUCAUCUUGACGCCAAUGAGCAUUGCCACAAUCGAUGCGGAGGAUGACGAGACCCCAAAGGACAGGCUGAUUUUCAACAUCACUGAGCCUCCUGAUGAAGGCUACUUAACUCAUUUGGAUGACCAUACCAAACCCAUCAAUUCAUUCAGCUGGCAGGAUCUAUAUGAAAUGAAGAUUGCGUACCAACCACCAAAUGUCAGCCACCCUGAAAGAAGGAAUUAUGAGGUCGAGUUUAAGGCAAUCGACACAUUUUUCAUGGCCAGUGCUCCCAUCAUUGUUCACUUUUCGAUCAGAUCAGCACAUACUAAUGCACCAAGAGUUUCUUGGAAUAUGGGUCUGAAUUUGUUGGAAGGCCAGUCUCGACCAAUUACUUGGGAUAAUUUCCAGAUAGUUCACAAUGACAAUAUGAAGGCAGUACGUUUAAUAGUAGUGGAAGGUUUGCAGCAUGGAUGGCUCACUGUUAGAGGUGCCAAGGGAUUCAUGUGUCGCAUAAAAGACAUUAUGGAUGGAGUUGUGCACUAUCACCAUGACGACAGUGAUACAACCAAAGAUUAUAUUGUAUUUCGAAUCUUUGACGGUAAACAUGCAACAAGACACAAAUUUCCCGUUAAUAUUUUGCCCAAAGAUGACAGUCCUCCCUUCUUAAUUAACAACCUUGCUAUUGAACUAGCAGAAGGAGAAUCAAAAUUAAUAGAGGACCAUAUGUUACUGUCUUCUGAUUUGGAUUCUAGUGAUGACUACAUUUUGUACAAGAUUAUAAUUCUACCACGUGCUGGAGAGAUUGUGAAAAAAAUGGCACCAGAUCUACCAGGUUAUCCUGUAAAUAGCUUUCUGCAGCGAGAUCUCUUCCGUGGUCUGAUUUACUAUCAUCAUUUUGGAAGUGAGAUCUUUGAAGAUUCAUUUGAGUUUAUUCUGUCUGAUAGUCAUGAUCCACCCAAUCUUUCUGACCCCCAGAUGGCAGUGAUUCAUGUAACUGCAGUGAAGGACCAGUUACCAAAAGAGGUUGAUGGUGCAACCCGGCACUUAGUAGUGAAAGAAACUGAAAUCAGACACAUCACCAAGAAUCACCUUCACUUCAAAGACACUGAGUACCCUGAGAAUGAAUUGAUGUUUACAAUAACUAAACCCUGUUUCUCUUCAACUAAUCAGAGAAUACCUGAUGCUGGCAAAAUUGUUUUCACGGACAGUACAAACAAUAUGAAGAAGGAUCCUUCUGUCCCCAUGCUGAAAUCCUUUACACAGCAUGCUGUGAACCACAUGAAAGUAGCAUACAUGCCUCCUCAUGGGGAUAUUGGGCCUCAUCCUCUGUUGGUGCAGUUUGUGUUUUCUGUCAACGAUCAGCAUGGAGGUUCCUUGACUGGACUUGUCUUCAACAUAACUAUAAUGCCUGUGGACAACCUACCACCUGAGAUUUUCACCAAUGAAAUAAAAUCAGAAGAAGGUUCAGGCUGCCUGAUCACUGGGGACAAUUUGAUGGUGACAGACAAGGAUACGAUUGAUGAGGAUCUCCGAAUCCAACUACAACAAAAACCACAACAUGGACAGAUUGAGUUGCAGGGAACCUUCAUGCUGGAGGGUGACAUGUUUUCACUGGAUGACCUUACAUCAUUUCAAGUCAGGUACAAACACGAUGAUUCAGAGACACUGAAUGAUUUAGUCAUAUUUACAGCCACAGAUGGAUUUAACACUGCAGAUGGGGUGCUGAGAGUGAAGAUCAUACCAAUCAAUGAUGAGCCUCCAGAGCUUCAGCCACAGUUAAAAUCUGGACUGGAAUGUCUCGAGGGAGAAAGGGUCCUGAUUACCUUGGAGUACCUCUAUGCUUCCGAUGCUGACAGUGAUGAUAUGAAGCUGAUGUACAUGAUUGCUCGUUCACCAUCAUAUGGCGUGGUACAAAGGAACAACGUCAAUGUUGACAAAUUCUCACAACUGGAUAUCAUCGAAGGAUCAAUUUUCUAUAUGCAUACUAGUGGUGAAAUAGGAUACAGACCUUGCAUGGACAUUGUAACAAUAAUUGUAUCUGAUGCGGAAGGUGGCAGAGUGGAUGGUUGCUGUUAUGAUGGACCUCUCCCACCACCAGUGCCACUUCAUGGCUCUCUUCCUAUCUACGAUCUUAACAUCACUGUAAUGCCAGUCAACAAUCAACCUCCUACAAUUAAAGUUGGAGACAUUUUUACAGUGGAUGAAGCAUCGCAAACCAGUUUGCUGUGGGAUUUCCUUUCUGCCGCAGAUGAGGACACCAUCUCAGAGGAACUAAUCUUUGAACUGGAAAGCUUGCCCCAGUAUGGAUAUCUGGAGAACAUACUGCCAUCACCAGGGUAUGAGAAGAGUAAUGCUGGAAUAAACAUAGCUUCCUUCAGUCUGCAGCACCUCAGGGCAGGUUACAUCAACUACGUCCAGUGCAUACAUAACCAGAUGGAGCCCACAGCUGACCACUUUAUGGUAUCUGUUAGUGACGCUGUACAUCAAUCCAUGGCUGUGCCAUUUUAUGUCAUCAUCAACCCUAUCAACGAUGAAACGCCAGAUUUGCAUCUGGGAAACAUCACAAUAUUAGAGGGCGAUUUAUGUGAGAUUGGCCCUGGAGUGCUGAAUGCUGCAGAUAUGGAUGUUCCUCGUGAUACACUGAUCUUCUCUGUGGUUAGCCCCCCAGCCCAUGGAGUGCUUUUGAAUGGCAUCUAUGGCACUGAUAUUGCUGCGUACAGACAGAUGAAUGCUGAAGUACUACAUCACAGUUUGUCAGUACACAACUUUAGCAUGGAUGAACUCAAACAAGGGAUGAAGCUCGUGUACAUGCAUGACGACACUGAAACCCUGACGGAUUGUUUUACCAUACAAUUGUCAGAUGGCAAGCACAUGGUCCAUGGGAUAGUAUAUAUCCAUGUUAUAGCAAUCAAUGAUGAGAGGCCAGUUAUUAUAAAGAACACUGGAUUAGAAGUCGAAAUGGGAGAAAACAAGGUGAUAUCCAGUGUGGUUUUAGAAGCUGAGGACAAAGACACACCACGAUUCGAGCUUAACUAUAUUAUUAACAGUGUGCCUACAUUUGGACAGCUGCAGUUAAAGACAAUGAUUGAAUGGAUUAGACUAUACCCAGGCAUGAAUUUUAGUCAAGAAGAUAUUGAUAUGAAUCGACUCUGGUAUCUCCACACCACCGUUGUGGGGUCGACGGGACGUGACAGUUUUCGUUUCCACGUUACAGAUGGGGACAAUGCCUUACCUUCACAGAAUUUUGAAAUAUCGCUCAAAAACAUGAAGAAAGGUGAUAUUGUCGUACUCACCAAACCUGUAACUUUAACAGAGGGUGACAGGGUCACCUUGACGACAGAUGUUCUCAUGGCAACAGAUGGCACUGGCAAACCCAAAGAGCUGUUGUACGCCAUCUCUCUGCCACCUGCACAUGGUCAGAUCGAGUACAUCAAUUAUCCUGGAUUGGCCAUUUCCAGUUUCAGCCAGUUGGAGGUUGCAGCCCAGAAGGUCUGCUACAACCAUGACAACAGUCGUGAUGCCAGCACGGAUGGAUUCCGAUUUUUUGUCAGCAACGGAAUGGCUGUUAAAAACAGCUCCAUGAAGUUUAACAUUGAGCGCACUGACCGUAUGCUGCCCACUCUAGUUAAUAAUAAAGGACUGCAGUUGCCAGAUGGAGCCAUGAUGGUCAUCCCUCCUGAUAACCUUCAACUUACAGAUCCAGACACACUCCUGAUAAAUUUAACUUACAUUAUUAUACAGCCUCCUCAGCAUGGCAAUCUAUAUUUAAGGGGUGAUAUUCUUUCCCAGGACCGCUUCACUCAGCUGAACGUGAACAAUUUGGACAUUUCCUACAAGCACAAUGUUGGGCCCUAUGAGUUUGACAAUUUUACAUUCAUAGCUUCUGAUGGAACCAAUCAUGGGUUUUUAGUCAAUGGCCAGAUGAGAGAGAAGUCAGUUAUAUUCAGCAUACAGGUGGAAUAUGUUGACGAGACUCCUCCCUUCAUCUUGAUUAAGCAAAGCCCAACUACAGUCGAUAAGCUAAGAGAUGGACGAUUUGGUAUCUAUAUCACUGCACGCCACUUAAAAGUUUCAGACACGGGCAGCAAAGAUGAAGACUUGAUCUACACAGUUCUCCGCCCACCUUAUUAUGGAUAUCUGGAAAACAUAAAUACAGGAGAAUACAUUCGAGGCACAUUCACCCAGAGAGAUGUGGACAGGCGUGCAGUUCGCUAUAUAAUCAAUCCCUCGAUAGAUUUGACAUCUGACAGCUUUGAGUUCAAAAUAUCUGAUGCCGCCCGAAAUUCUAAUGUCCCAGAAAUAUUGGAGCUGCAAUGGUCUCAGAUUACGAUGGCCUCUUGCUGCUAUAGAGUUUGUGAAGACAUAGGAACUCUCUCCAUUAAGGUGACCAGGAAAGGAUACAGUGCUGAUCCCUCUUAUGUCAGUAUAAAGGUUCAGGAGUUAACAGCAACAAUGGGCGGAGACUUCACUCAUAGCUCAGCCAGCUUAAUUCAGUUUGAUCCUGGUGUUUCCAUGAAGGCGUGGAAUAUUUUUAUUAAAAAUGAUGGACUUGAGGAGAAUCAGGAAAAAUUGCAAAUGACGCUAAUGAACCCAACAAAUGCCAUCAUUGGACAGAAAGAUACCUCUUCGGUGGAAAUUAUAGAUUUGCGUGAAGGAAACUGUAAUGCAAAUGAUUUCAGAGGUGGCAAAAAUACUUUUGACAGUGAAGUGGAUGGCAUUGUUGGCAAAGUGCCAAAGGCAUCUCCCGAGCCACAUACCAAUGAAAAAAUCAUAUUCAAUCUGGAAGAAAGGUCAUUUACCCAGCUUGAACCACACUUGGAGCACAAUAAUUCCCCCCCUCCUAGAGGUGAUGUCCCUCAGACCAACCAUUUCUUGGACCAUCGUGAAACGAUCCCAGAUGGUAUUUAUCCAGCGGUUCCUCGUACACAAAUUCAGGCUAUUGGAGGCAGCAGAAUGUACCAUGGGAUGGUACCAAAAAACAUUGAAGAAGAUUUUACUACCUCCUCACGACUCAGUGGAUGGCAGUGGCCUUUGCUUCCCGUUCAGAGACAUGACCUGCUCCAAAAAGACGUCCCGUUUGUAGCCGAAAAUACACAUUCAUUCAGCAACAUUAAUCAGGACAAUCAACAAAUGGAAUGUCCUACAGGCUGGACCCUUCACAAGAAACACUGUUAUCUUCUGAAUCAUGGGAGAAAUGAAACCUGGGAAGGAGCUGAAAUGGCCUGUCGGCAAAAGUUUCAUGCUAACUUGGUCAGUGUUCACUCCAGGAGAGAACAAAAAUGGCUUUGGAACUUUGCCAGGAAGCAGCCAUUCUGGAUUGGUUUAACAGAUGAGACUGGUUCUGGAAAAUGGACAUGGACAAAUGGAAGGCCAGUAUCUUUUACAAACUGGAUGAAAAGAAAUGUUUCGCCAGAUAAAAAUUUGCAAACAAACUGUGCUCUUGUCCAGGGCAAAGGUAAAUGGGUGAGCAGGAAGUGCAAUGAGGAACACGAGGGCUAUAUAUGCUGCAUUUCUCUGUCCAAAGUUUAAAUUACCCAUCUCAAAACAGGUCAUGUUUUUGUGAAUAUCUCACCAAAACCUUGUAAAAAAACAAUAUUCGGUGUCAGUAUUUUCAUAUACAAUUGGAAGUUGAUAUGUUUGUUCCCAUUUAAAAAAUAAUAAUUUUAAGACAAACAUGGCAGAAACAAGAGACUACAUUAUUUCUGUUCAUGCCACUGAUGAUUAAAAGUUGCAUUUUGAAUGUAUUUCUUUUCCUUCUAUUAUUAAUUGUAAAACCAGGUACGAGCCACAGAACAUGAUGUGCUAUGGAGGAAUAAUCCUAAAAUAUUUAAAGAAUAAACCUAAAACUUAACUUUCAAGAGCAGGUAGAAUAUAAGAUGGCAAACAAUGGUAAAACAAUUAAUUGACUUGUGGCAUGCCUCGUAUCCCAUUUAAUCAAUGGUGUUCUUUCAACUGUGUAUGGUGGUAGAACCUCCCUGCAUCAUUCAAUAAUCACAAUUCAUCUUAGAUUCAGUAUAAAAUCCUCAUCAUACAGUUUUAGUCAUAGAGCUAUACAGCAUUGAAACAAGCCACUUGGCCCAACUAGUCCAGGCUGACCAAUUGCCUAACUGAGCUAGACCCACUAGCCUGCACCUGGUACAUUUUGUUGCAAUCCUUUCCUCUUCGUGUACCUGCCCAAGUAUCUUUGAAAUGUCAUGAUUGUACACAUCUCUUCCACUUCCUCUGACAGCUAAUUCAGUAUGCGGACCAUACUCUGUGAAAGUAUUGCUCGUCAGGACCUUUUUAAAUCUUUCUCUCUCACCUUAGAUAUAUGCUCUCAAGUUUUAGACUUACCUUCCCUGGGGAAAAGAUUGGCUAUUCAUCUUAUCUAUGCCCUGUGGAUACAAGGAACUGCAGAUGCAGGCUUACAAAAAAGGAUAAAAAUUGCUGGAGUAACACAGCGGGUCAAGCAGCAUCUCUGGAGAACCCUUCUCCUGACUGAUUGUAGGGGGGGUUGGAAGGGACAGGGAAGAAAGUUGGAUGAGAGGAAGGGCAGGACAGAAGCUGGAAGGUAACAGGUUGACGCAGGUGAGGUAGUGUAAGUUGUUAGACAGAUUGUGGAAAAAGGUCAGAUAUGAAAAGACAGAAGAUGUGAAGCAAAAGGGUUUAAAAGUUGUGAAUUGUGAUGCUGGAGGAAGGAAUGUAGGUUGAAAGGGAGGGGGGAGGGGACAAAUAUGUGCAAGCCCAAAUGGGGAUGAGGUGAGGCAGCGCAGUUUACGGUAGAAGAAGGGAGAGGGGAAGGGUUUUGUAGUUGCAUAAAAUCAGAGAAUUCAAUGCUUAUAUGAAGUAUUGUUCCUCCAGUUUGCAUGUGGCCUCAUUCUGUUAAUGGAGGGGGCCCAGAUCAGAAAGAUCAGCAUAGGAAUGGGAAGAGUCAUUUAUUUACAACAUUCAUUUAUUCAGCAACUUUCAAACACAUUCUCAUACCUUAGCCAAUCGUUUCCCCAAAGUGUAAAAUUAGUAACUGAAAUGAGUGUAAUAUUUAAUUUUUCGAAAUGCCUAUUCAUUUACUUCCAUUUUUUAAAAAUUUAAUUCGGCAUUGGGCCUAAAUAAGCAAUGUACAGCUUAACUAUAGGUUGUAAAGAAACGUACAUGCUGUGCUGGUUUGAAGCUGUGACCAAAUCAGAUUACCAUACUUGGUACCAUACCAUAGAUAAAUGUAGCUGUGUGUGUUGACAAAUACAAAACAAAAUGCAGAUUCUGGAAAUCUAAAGUCAGGCUGCAUCUAUGUAAAGAAAAACAGUCAGCAUUGAUUCAGUUUGAAGACUCUUCAUCUUUAAAAUUUCUGUGAUCUGAAACAAUAACUCUUUCUCUUUCAAAGGAUGCUGACAGACCUGCUGAGGUUUUCCAGUAUUUUCUGAUUUUUUUAAUUUUUUGUGUAUGCUAUUCAAUGCUUUGUAUGGAACAGAAUAAUACUGCCGUGUUUUUUUAAAAUCAGUGUCAUAGAUAAAUCUAUGCAAUUUACAAAUGUUUUAUAAGCCCUUGUUAUCUUUUAGGCUCAACAACAUUGUCAGAGGCAUUGUCAGAUAGUAAACUAUGUGACAUCUGCUUAUUCUACUCCACAGUGCAAUUAAAGUUCUAUCUGUUAGAUGAAUAGAUGUUGUUGCAGCCUGUUGUGUGAUGUUUCUAGGCUCAGUGUAUUAAAUUAGAUUUCAAUCAUAUUUAAGAAAACAUUACUGUUAAUGCCAUAAAUUUUAAAUGUUUGUGGAACUUAUACUGUACUAAAAGAGAUUAAACAAUUUAAAUGCUAAAUUUCAA